CGCCAGACAGGGUUAAAUAACCUGGUUUUCCGCUGACAGAGAGUGGAGCAGCGAGCCUUCACUUUCCCAACGCUGCCUAGUGUACUGGCUGGCCGCUGGCAUGCUCGGUCGAGAACCCUGUCAGGGAUGGGCUUCCGGCUGCACGGUGGCGGCCAUUUCACUCAACCGUGGUUCGAAAGAGAUGAAACAGCUCCAGCUACAGGAAUACAAGAUCUCAAACCAGACGAAUACCGAUGCGAAGCUCGAAAACUGCUUCUCCAACGAUCGAGAUCAGAUAGCACUCGCAGAUCUUGGGAGCAGAUUGGGCAACAAACUCCCUGGAUCUUCGCCAUCGAAAUGUCAAAUUCGGCACUUUGCUGCUCGCCAGCAGCCGGAGCGGAGUCCAGAGAGUCCCUGUGCGUCCAAUCUUGUUCUUGUGCAGUGGGAACUGGGAGUACGAGCCGCGAGCACCAAGUGGACCGGCGCAGGCUAAUCAGGGCUGGCAACGACCGGUGCGAUCCACAGGACAUUUGCCUGAAGAAUGGAACAUCUGGGGCAGCACGAGUCUAUCAGCGUCUGUUGCCAAUAAUAAUCCCCGAAGAAACCUGCUUCUGGGGCAGCCACUGUGGUGACUGUGCCGUGUCAUUACCGCGAUCACCACCGCUUUCUCUCGCUUUAAACUGCAUCCGGCAACACUGCCAGGGCUAUCGAGUGGUUCAUCUGCUAUUAGGUUUUGCUAUUUUCCUCGGAGCGCUGCUUCUGGGCAUUUAAGAUUUGACACUUAACGCCGUUGCGGUUUGCACGCCGUUAUAUAGGAUCCAUCCGCCGCCUCCCGGGGUCUUCGUCCUGUCAUGACAUGAACUCCCGCUGUC